CUUGACAGCACAUUAUUUUCGCGUAGUUCGUUUUGUUGUGCCACAUCUUGCCAGUGCGUCUGGGGGCCCUGUCAAACGAAAUCUGGGAGUCCCUUGUUUAUAUCUCUGAAAUUGAUUUCUCUGCUGCAGGUAAAACAAUAAUCAUGACAGAUGCAGUUUCGCAAAUGGAUCAGGACUUCAGUCCUCGAGCAUACCAAAUUGAACUAUUUGAGCAAGCUGUGAAUCAUAACAGUAUAAUUUACUUGCCUACUGGUGCUGGAAAAACCUAUAUUGCUGUGUUGGUGAUUAAAAAAUUUGCUGGUGAUUUGUCAAGGCCUUAUCAAGCAGGAGGUAAAAGGACCAUAUUUGCUGUGAAUACUGUAGCCCUUGCCAAUCAACAGUGUAAAUAUUUAGCUAGGCAUACCCAUCUCACUUGUAGCAGUUACACAGGGGAGAUGGGUGUCGAUUAUUGGUCUAGAGAACAAUGGAUGAAAGAAAUAGAGAUUAAUCAGAUACUUGUGAUGACGUCGCAAAUAUUCCUUGAUCUGUUGAAUCACGGCUAUGUAUCUUUGAGCAAAAUAAAUCUUAUGAUUUUUGACGAGUGUCACAGAGGAGUAAAUGACCAUCCUAUGCGAUUAAUAAUGCAGCGCUUCCAAGAUUGUCCAAAAAAUGAACAGCCAAAAGUCUUGGGGCUGACAGCAACUCUUCUGAAUGGCAAUGUCAAACUAACUAAACUCAAUGAGAUUAUCACGGAGUUGGAAACUACAUUUCACGCAAAGGUUAUAGCAGCUGAAUCCUUGAGAGGUGUCAGGGGAUUUGCUACAAAUCCAGAAGAAUCAAUAGUUAACUUUAGUCCACCCAAAUCCUCAACGGCAUUGGAAAAAUCAGUAGCCAUUCUCUUACAUGCGAGACAAAUUCUCGACGUUUUAAAAAUAAACUUGAAUAAUAACUGCGAUAAUGAAAGUGACACGGUUUUCAAACCAAAAAGUAAAGUCAGCAUGUGGCAAAACAUCUUACUGGAUUUAGAAGUGCAUUUACAGAUCAUGGGCAUAUAUGGAGGCAGUAAAGCAGCUCUGCUGCAUACGAUACAAUUUGAAUGCCUUAAGAAAGCUGUUAACGAUCAGGAGGCUAUUGUGGUGCUAGACUAUCUGAUAAGUGUACUGACUAGCGUCAGAAAAAUUAUAGAAGAUGAGAUGGCAGGACAUACCGAGUAUCAACGAAUAAUGAAUUUUUCCAAUGAUCAAGUUAAAGCACUUUUUGGAGUUGUAUUAAAGUUUCACACGAACAAAUUGGAUACCCAAAAAUUUUGUGCUUUGGUCUUUGUUAAGCGACGCUUCACAGCAAAAGUACUAUACCAUGUGCUCAAGAAUUUGCGCAACUGUGAUAAACGUUUUGAGUUUUUGUUACCUGAAUUCUUGGUAGGAUUUUCAUCGAAUAAAUUAGGUGGUGCAACAGGAUAUUUAUUGAGUGCAAGAGAAUCUCUUUGUCAGAGACAGUGGAAUAAGGAUGUGUUGCACAGGUUCAAAAAUGGUCAAGCAAAUUGUAUUAUAGCAACAGAUGUGGUAGAAGAAGGCAUAGAUAUUCCAAAUUGCACUUUGGUUGUACGAUACGAUUUACCAGCAGAUAUUAGAUCGUACAUACAAAGUAAAGGACGUGCGCGUCACUCUACCAGCAAAUAUGUGUUGUUAGUUUCCCAUGGAGAUGGACAGUUUGAAAAUAAAUAUAGGAAUUAUAAGCUAAUCGAAAGAAUGCUAGAAGAGUCCUUAGUUGGUAAAACGCAGUUUCGUACCGAACCAUCUCAGGAAGUGCUGGAAAGAGAUUUAUACAACUCUGAAAUUGAACCUUAUUCCGUAAGGUCUGGCGAAAAAAUCAGCGUUGUGACAGCAACUAGUGCGAUAAGUUUAGUAAACCGUUAUUGUUUGUCUUUGAGAAACUCGCACUUUGUUACAUUAACUCCAACAUGGAAUCUAUGCAAAAAAAAGAUUUUACCCCAACAUGAAGAAUUUCAGGUAUCUUUGAGACUGCCUCCAAUAUCUCGCUUGAGAGAAUGCAUUAUUGGAGAUGUUAUGCAUGACAUAAAACAAGCAAAACGAUCAGUUGCUGUAAAAUGUUGUAAAAGAUUACACGAAAUUGGAGAAUUAACAGAUGACUUACUUCCUGUCGAAGCUGACUUAAUUUUAACAGAUCUGGACUAUUUGUUUCCAAAUUGGAUUAACGAAGAAAAAGUAAAUACGUGUCAGCCAGGCACAGAAGCAAGAAAACGUCUACACCUCCUAAUAUACCCCGACUGUCUGCAUUCUGCAUUUCCCAAGGCACAUGAAGAUUUAUAUUUGCAUGUAUUGAGUAUGAAGCCAAUGUACAGCGUUCCUCAAGAUAACCGGCGUCGAGUAUUUCAUACACUCUUGUCGGACAGUGCAGGAUUUGCUAUUUUAUCGUCAAAGAAGAUGCCAAAACUAUCCUCCUUCUCAAUAUUCAUGAAUGUCGGUGAGUUGAAUGUUGACGUAGCAGUUAAUCACUGUACGCUUCAGUUACCGGCUAAAAAGAUAGAAAAGUUGAGACUGUUCCACACAAUGAUUUUUACCGAAAUCAUGCAGCUGAUCAAAGUUUUUAUGGUUUACGAUAAAGAUGAUUUGGAAAAUAGUUUCUUGAUCGUACCAGUUGAUGGUAACUGGAGCAUUGAUUGGGACAUUGUAAUGCGAUUUCAAAAAAUCGAUGUGAUCAAGCCUGAAAAGCCGAUUAACGUACGAGCUUUGGACUACGAACUAGCUUUACUUGAACCAAACUAUAGAGCUGCAUCCAUUUAUGUUGUAACGCAAAUCUGUGAAGAUCGCUGCGCUGAAUCGAGCUUUCCUACGCCAGCCUUUUACUCAUACGUACAUUACUUUCAAGAACAUUAUGGGAUCAACAUAGAGGAAAAAAAACAACCUUUACUCGAAGUGAAACCGAUAUCAAAGAAAAUCAAUUGUCUCAAACCACGAGGGGCUAAUCCAGGAUUAAAUAAGAGAAAACGCGGUGAUUUGCUCGAAGAUUUGGAAGAGCAUUUAGUGCCGGAAUUGUGCAAUCGAUACGAAUUCCCUUCCUCAUAUUGGCUGAAAGCCACUACCCUACCAUCAAUCAUACACCGAAUUACUCAACUUCUAAUUGCAGAGCAAUUGCGCGUACGCAUUUACGCCGAUACAAAACUGGGAAUCUUAGAGUUGCCCGAUGGACAGAAAUGGAAAGAAUUACGAGUUUCCACAGACGAUACAGAGAUCGAAAUCACGGAUAAAUAUCAUGAUCUAUCGAUCGAGGACUUUUUACCCGAAACUGUACAACCGAGGCCUGAAUUAACAGGACCGAACUUUGAUGUAUUGGACUCGGAAUCUAGACUUUAUCCAUGGGUACGAGCCAAAAUUCAAGAACCGAUAGAUAUCGAAAGAAACAUCGAAGGUAUCCAGCUACUAGACAUUGACUAUUACCAGCGAUUUAUGCACGCCUCUACCGAACAGGAUCUAGAAAUGCUGGCUGCUAAUGGCAAGGCUGCCUGUUAUAUGUCAAAACCAUUGGUAGACGUUGUAAAAUUGAAAUUACUCUCCCAAACCGCGCAGAAUGGUCCGCAACAGUUGGACAUCAUGACGGCUCUAACCAGCAAGAUGUCACAUGAUGUUGUAAAUUUGGAAAUUCUAGAAACCUUAGGAGAUUCGUUUCUUAAAUUUUACACAUCUUUGUUUUUGAUAGAAAAAUUUCCCAAUUAUUCCGAAGGACAUCUGACUUGUAUUAAGGGUAAAAUUAUCGGUAAUCGUAACCUGUAUUACGCUGGUGUGAAAAAAAAAAUUCCAGGUAUGAUAAAAGUUGAUGAAUUCGCACCAUACAGCAAUUUCAUUGUGCCGGCUUAUUCGGUACAAAGGAAAUUACAAAUCAUACUGUUGCAGGCAGAGGUGUCACCAAACAUCCUGUAUCAUCUGAAGAUACCGAGCGAUGAGCAAAUCUCCGGUUAUUUGUCGGAUGAAACGCUCCAAAUAAUCGAAGAGAAGGUGAUGCAAUGGGAGAGCAGUGAUGCACAGUCUGGCUUGGAGCCCUUUUUAUGUGCACAAACUGUCUCUGAUAAAACUGUUGCUGAUUGCAUCGAGGCUCUAAUUGGAGUAUAUUUGGAGACUACAGGCAUUGAAGGAGCUGCCAGGAUUUUGCAAUGGUUCCAGAUAGUUCCUGACGAUUCUGGAACCGAGGGGUUAUUAGUUAGAAAACCAAUUAGUCCAAUUAUAGAUAUUGGAAAUCCAAACUCUCAUAUGCCAUGGGCAGAUUUGAUUGAACAAAAAUUGGGUUACAAGUUUCAAAAUCGAGGAUACUUGUUGCAGGCUUUCAGUCACGCUUCGUAUUCAGCUAAUACCAUUACGUCAUCCUACGAACGAUUAGAAUUUCUGGGAGAUGCCGUAAUAGAUUUCCUUAUCACGGUUUACAUCUAUGAAAAUUGUCACCAAUUGACUCCUGGGCAAAUAACGGACCUGCGAUCGGCCCUCGUUAAUAAUAUCACAUUCGCUUGUUGGGCUAUACGCUACGGAUUUCAUAAAUACCUCUUGUCGUAUUCUCCUAUCUUGAGUGAUGCGAUCGACAGAUUCGCAUCAUUUCAAGAGCAAAGGCAGCACGUCAUUGAUGAUGAGCUAUUGUAUGUUCUGCUGGAGGAAUCAAACCACAGUAUGGCUGAGUUCGUCAGUGUUCCCAAGGUCCUCGGGGACAUUUUUGAAUCCUUAGCUGGUGCUAUUUAUUUGGAUAGUGGCAAAAAUUUGGCAAAAGUUUGGGAGAUAUUCUAUGCCUUUAUGCAUAAGGAAAUUGAUGAAUUUAGUAAAAAUGUACCUAAACAGCCUGUAAGAGUUUUGUUCGAGACGCAAGGUGUUCAUCCAAAAUUUCUUAAAGCAACUGUAUUGGAAAACAGUACGACCAUUAUGGUGCCCUUAGAGGUAACAAUAUGUGGUAAGAAGAAGAUGAUACAUGGAUUUGGAGGAAAUACAAAAGAGGCGAAGUGUGCCGCAGCUAAGCAAGCCUUAAGAGAGUUUAGACUUAGUUAAUGAGACAUCACCUUUGGAUUUCGUCUCAUUAAUUACUGGGCUCAAAAAGUAUUCCAAGCUACAUUAAGUUUCUUUCAGAUGAUUAUGGAAUUCAUUAUUUAAAAAAAUGUCUGCUUUCCACAAGCGAAAGUGUCAUUUCAUCGCCAUAGGCACACUUAUGGAAAAUGAUGGUUCUAAAUGAUGAUAGUUUCAAGUUAUAGUCUAUUUUCGCGAAAAAAAAAAAAAAAUUGUGAGUAUGAAUAAUUUUUGUACGCAAGUUACUUGUUCUCGCAUCCUCGAUUGUGAGACUGAUUAGAAGUGAAUUUCUAAUUUUUUUGAAAUUCCCGAAAGGUGGAUAAUUUUAUAUUUUAUUUGAUGUUAAUUACUGCAACUAUACCGUUGUAUUGAAUAGACUCUAGGCGCUAAUAGUGAUCCUUAUCCAUUGAUUUAUUGUAUGUUAAUUAUUACCUCGAGAUAUACAUAGAUGUAUGAUAUACUUAUCAAUAUUCUUUCGUUAUUUCUAAUACCGAGUUAUGUAAUGAAUAAUUUUAUUUUGAGCACGGAAAUAGGUGAAACAACGAUGUUAGUGAGCAUAAAUGAAUAGAUUUCGAUCGAAAUAAUGCGAUAAUAUUUUACAUAAAUUUAUUCGCAAAGCUGUAGUUUGGAAGAUCACUGCUACUUGAUGUAAUAUUUCUUGUAAAUUAAUGGCAAAACGUUAAUACAUUUUUAUGUGACGGCUGUUAUGACGCAAGGCAUAAACGUAUAUGUAAUACGUGAAGACAAAAAUAAAAUUAGGGAACAACUUCUGAUAGCAAA